GUGUAUUUUUGCGGUCUUCCUGUCAUCUCUCUUCACCACUCUCAUUCUCUCUCUGUCUUUCCUCAUGUUUAGAUGAAUAGAUGUUUAGAGUCAAUAGAGAGGCAGAGGAAGGCGAGUGAUUUCUUGCCAUUGCCUGGAACAAAUGAUAGGCAUCACUCAUAAGGAUUGGAACAGCUCAAGCAUUUGGCUCACACCACCAAUCACCAGUCUGAGGUUAUAAGUGCUCUCAUUUGUUCCCCUCAAAUACUCGAAUCCAUUAUUCCCAUUCCCACAGUAAGACUGGAAUGGACUGGAAUGCAGACCCUGACCUAAACAGAAGAGGGUGUACCCUGGGAUACACAUGUCCACAUUUUGAACAGAUUGGAUGCAUUGGAUCUUCCUUAAGCGCUGACCAAGUUGUAGUUGCUCCAAAUGUCUUUUUGUCUGUCGUCAAGUAGCGCUAGGUUUUUGUACACAUCUUGACAUCUUCCACUCCUGAAGUCGGCCUUCACAGCGCAGGCCAAAGAGUUGCCACUCGUUGUCUUCCUACUUUGCUUUAAAUACAUCUUAGCCAUUGUCAGACUCAUCACCAGUGUAUUUUUUUUUUAAACGGCCCUCUCCUGCUCCAAACGUAGCCCAAUUACACCUUUGCUAAGGUGCCCUAUUUUCUACCUUGGUGUGGCCCUGUAAAUUUACAAAUAUUUAUUUCCUAUACGUCAAGAGGAAAGGGGGUUCCCCUUUCAUAGAAUGCGGCAACAUGGGUCUCUUUGACCGCGGGGUUCAGAUGCUGCUGACCACAGUGGGAGCCUUCGCCGCCUUCAGUCUCAUGACCAUCGCGGUCGGCACGGACUACUGGCUCUACUCACGAGGAGUGUGCAAAAUAAAGACUAACAAUGAAAAUGAGACCAGUAAGAAAAACGAAGAGGUGAUGACGCACUCGGGACUGUGGAGAACCUGCUGUUUAGAAGGGAACUUUAAAGGACUGUGUAAACAGAUCGAUCACUUUCCUGAAGACGCCGACUAUGAAGCUGACGCGGGAGAGUAUUUUCUUCGAGCAGUGAGGGCAUCCAGUAUAUUCCCUAUCCUUAGUGUGAUCCUGCUGUUCAUGGGAGGUCUAUGUAUUGCGGCCAGUGAGUUCUACAAGUCCCGUCACAACAUCAUCCUCAGUGCAGGGAUUCUCUUCGUGUCUGCAGGUUUGAGCAACAUCAUAGGUAUGAUUGUCUACAUAUCAGCAAACGCGGGCGACCCCACCAAGAGCGACUCGAAGAAGAACAGCUACUCGUACGGCUGGAGCUUCUACUUUGGAGCUCUGUCCUUCAUCAUGGCCGAGAUGGUGGGUGUCUUGGCCGUGCACAUGUUUAUCGACCGGCACCGUGAACUCCGAGCCACCAACGCCCGUGCCGGAAGAGGCAUCGCCACUGGAAACGCUGACUAUCUGCACGGCUCAGCCAUCACACGCAUCCCCAGCUACCGCUACCGCUAUCGGCGCCGCUCACGCUCCUCCAGCCGCUCCACGGAACCUUCACAGUCACGUGACACCUCUCCGUUGGGCCUCAAGGGCUUCGGAGCUCUGCCGUCCACCGACAUCUCCAUGUACACUCUGAGCCGUGGCGGAGCCGAUACGCUGAAAUCAACACCCCCGGCCACCUACAACUCGGAGAGGGACCAUAACUUCCUGCAGGUCCACAACUGUAUCCAGAAAGACGCGAAGGACUCACACAGCAACGCUGCCAACCGUCGCACUACGCCUGUAUGAGUGCCACAGAGACAAAUCCUGGCAGGGAGAGGAAGUGACUGAACAUGGGGCAGAAAAAGAGAGACAGGGAACAAAUGAAGUAACGGGGGAAAAAAUGGAUCGAGAACCAGAACAUGAAGGGUAAUAAGGACUGGGGAUGCAAGAGCUCUCUGAGUUGUGAGCUAUUUACAACAAUGAAGAUGACUACGACGAGUUUCCAUGUUGAAAAAAAAAAGUGAAAACAUGAAAAAUGUCCAAAAAAACAGAUAAAGAAAAUGCAUGAUUUUCCCAUCUACCGUAAUUUAACGAGUUUUAAACCAUGUUUCAAUAGAAGAGGUGUAAGUAAUGGGGGAGAACGAGAACGAUAGAAACAAAAAGCGAGACCGAGACAUACACAGGUGAAAAACAGACCUGGGAAAGGGGUUGGUAGACGAUUGUUGAGUUUUAAAAGGUUUCUAUUUUUUCAACUCUCUUCUUGGGCUGCAGGGCGACCUCUGACUCCGCCCCCCACCUCACCUCCCCGCCCACCUCCCUCUUUACUUCCUGUAUGUAUCCAUCUCAUUCUUUUGCGCAUUAAUACUGUGAAGCGUUGUGGCCAAGGUGUACCCAAGGCAAAAAAAAAAAAAAAAAAGACAAACCUGUAUCCUGGCCACAACUUAUAAGUUAAUAUAUGUAAUAAUUAUAUAUGAAUAUAUAUAUAUAUAUAUAUAUAUAUAUAUAUAUAUAUAUAUAUAUAUAUAUAUAUGUUAAUAAGCCAGAUAGACUUCCCUGACGCAAGAGAAGGACGGAAAAAAAGACCUAAAAAAAAAAGAGAACAAAUCAAAAGUCAAUAAAGUCGUCAUGGAAACAAAGGAAUUGGGGAACGGGUUUUCUUGUGACUCACUGGAGGAGGAAAAUUAUUUUUUUUAUAAACAGCAAGCUAGUUUUGUUCGUAAAUGGCCUUGCCUAUGCUCUGAAGCAGUAACUGUAAAAAUGAGAAAGGGCUCCAUGGUUUUGGCUUUUUUGAAGCCAAAAGAAUCACUGGAAUGGUUGCAUAAGCACUGACACUUAUGUAACAACACACACACACACACACACACA